AUGAAUUCCCAAGAAGAAGCUGUGAGAACAAGAACUACUAUGGUGCAAAAAGUAUUGCGCAUUUUUGAAUGGCUAUUGGACUUAUAUGUCUUGGACUUUUACAUUGAUAACCAAUGGGAAAGGCUACCCCAGUCAUGGCGUGAAAGUGUUGAAACAAUGGAUCCUGAAGAUUUGGGAGCCUAUUUAACAGGUGCACCAAUAAAGCAUAUGCUUCCAUUAUCAUUUUUGUCUAUGAUUAAAUCUGUCCAAGCUCUCAGCAUCCCUCGAGAAAGCACAAGUCAGUAUAAGGCUAAAAAUAAUGAGGAUUACAAUGAAUUUAAAGUUGGCAAUCACCCUAAACUAAAGAAUCUAUUUUUGAAACAUGUUAAAAUAAAGAAAAGACAUGAAAUAAGUUUAAUGGCUGAUAUUGUUAGUGAAACAGCAAAAAAGUGCAAUUGUAAAACUGUUCUUGAUUUUGGUUCUGGUUUAGGGCACCUUGUGCGGGUGCUGGGAUACAAACAUGAUUUAUUUGCAGUGGGAAUUGAAUGUCAACCUCAAUUGACAGAGGCAGCUAGACAACUAGAUUUAGAAUUAGAAUACACAGCUAAAAAGCAUCUCACAGAAGAAACCAUGUCUAAGCUAAAAAGGCCAAUGCAUUUCAACAUGACUUUAACUUCUCAUGAGCAGCUACUUCAACUUCCCUUAGUAGACAAUAUUACAGAAUAUGGGUUGAUUGGCCUUCAUCCCUGUGGUGAUUUAGCACCAUUAUUGCUUAAGCAUUUUGUUAAUUGUAGCAAAGUAAAGUAUAUUUGUGUUGUUGGAUGUUGUUACAUGAAACUGACAUGCGAUAGUGAGCCUUAUGGAUACCCUAUGAGUGCACAUGUGAAGAAGUUAGGUGGCAAACUGUCUUAUACUAGCAGGGAGAUAGCUUGUCACGCUAUAGAACAAUACUCUGAGAGACUUCGGCGUGGACAAUAUGAGGAUUUGAAGAUUCACGCAUACAGAGCGACGCUAGAGAAAAUCUUGGUAGAGCACAAUCCUGCCUUGAAGCACUCGCAAAUUAGAAGUAUUAAACACACAAACAAUAUGACUUUCGAAAGUUACUGCGCGGCCGCGCUGCAGCGUGUGGACGUGGAGCUGGACGCGGGACGCGUGCGGGCGGGCGGCGUGUGCGUGCGCGCGUGGCGCCGCGUGUUGCUCGUGUACUCGCUGCGCCUGGCGCUCGCGCCGCUCGUCGAGUCGCUCGUGCUGCUCGACAGGCUGCUCUACCUGCUCGAACACGGUCUUUCCUGCGAGAUUCGUCCUGUGUUCGAUCCAAAAAUAUCUCCUCGGAAUCAUAUAAUAAUCGGCAGAAGAAAGUAG